GUUUGCCCCAACACCAUUAUCCAAUGACAUCAAUAGACUACUCAAAUCUUGCCGAUAGAUUAAUCACAAUCUACGCGAAACAGAAAAUUGUCCUGGACAGGAAAAAGUUCCGGAUAAACCACGCUGAACUCCAAGAAUCACUCGUCCUCCCCGUUUGUCAAUCAAUCCACGUUCACGCUAAUUGUGUCGAUGUCUACAAAAACCCAAACUAUUUGAAUGAAGUAUUGGAUACAAUUGACUUGGCUACCAUCUAUAUGAAUGUUGAUAAACGAGAAAAUGAACCGGACAAGAAUCCAAAUUUAAAGUAUGACGAUUUCGUGGUGCUUGAACUACUUCAAUAUUUCAAACACAACUUCUUUACUUGGGUCAACACGCCAAAGUGUCCUAAUUGUCAAGAUGAAAAGAAUGUGGAGAGUAAAGGAUCCAUUCCAUUCAAUCGUACCUUGCCUAAUCCGGAUGAAAUCAGUAUUGUCGAACACUAUCAAUGUUUCCAAUGUGGGACCAAUAUUCAAUUUCCCCGUAUAAAUAAUCCUGUAUCUUUACUUCGAACCAAACAAGGAAGAUGUGGGGAAUGGGUUAACUGUUUUAUGUUGAUUCUUCAGGCACUCAUUGGCGAGGAUAAAGACAGAAUAAGAUAUGUUUGGAAUCAAGAAGACCAUGUCUGGUGUGAGUAUUAUUCCUACGGAUUGAACAGAUGGGUCCAUUUAGACCCUUGCGAAGCAGUCUAUGAUGAGCCUUUAUUAUACUGUAACAAUUGGGGGAAAAGAAUGAGUUAUGUAAUUGGGUUUAAUCAAAACUAUAUUAUUGAUUUAAGUGAUAAAUAUAUAACUCCAGAAAAACAGAUUGAAAAAUCAUCCGUCAUAAGCAAGAAUAAAGUUGACAAACUCAUUAACUACUAUAACAGCAACAAACUAGCCAAUUACUACAACCAACAAGUUCUGAAGUUGGGAAACGAACAUAAAGCCUUGUUAUCUGUUUAUAACGAUAUAAUAAUACCUAGAAACCAGGAAUUGGAUGUUAUGAAAGAACCAAACAAACCUUCGGCAACAUCUACCACACUUACAAAGGGUAGACAAACUGGUUCUGCUGCAUGGACCAAAUCUCGUGGUGAGGAUGGCAAUAGCUAACUAUGUCUGUAUUCCCCUUGAGUGUCUAAAUAAUUUUAAUCCACACCAUGAUAUCAGAGCCCACCACCAAAAUACGAUAUAUAUGCACCAAAGUUUCAAUACAUAAUCGUCAAUAGUUUUGAAUAUAGUAUGUAGGUAAUUGUAUAACGAUUCAUUGCUGCUUGAGAAAGGGUAGAUUACAAACUUCCAUAGUUCAAAAAAUGAGUUUAUGGAAACAACAAACGUAAUCCAAGUAAAGCCAAGAAUCAAACGGCCAUAAAAUUCCAACUUUGAGUAAUCAAUCUCGUCUCCUUCAUUUGUAGAUUUAACGUGUCCAAUCAAGGGUAAUGGAUCAGUUGAUUCCAUUGGACAUCUUAUGUUAA